AUUGUCUCCUAAUUACUAUAAAUAGUUGUUAAUUGAAUUUAUAUUUGACCAUAAUUAAAUUGUUAAUAGAUCAAGGAUGAAAAUCAAACAUUUUACCUUCUUGUUCUUUCUUUGUGUACUAAUUCUUGUUUCUGUUGUGGCAAUUGAGCCAUCAAAAGAUGACGAAACUAAAGAUUCCAAAACAAAAUUAACGGUAGAUAUGAAUGGAGGCUUUGGUGGAGGUGGUCACUGUGGAGAUCAUGGAGGAGGACAUAAUGAUGGAUAUUUGGGAAGUUGGUCAGGUAGCAUAGAAUGGACAGAAAACAAAGGAGUUUGGGGGCGAGUAGAAACUGGAGGACCUAGAAGAGGAGGAAAUGAAGGAGGCGUGGGAGGAGGAGAAAAUCAAGGACCUGGUUGGGGAGAACGAAAAGGCAGAUGCGGAAAAAAUCAAGGGUCUAAGGAACGUCAAAGAAAAGACAGAGAAAGACGUGAAGGAUAUUUGGAAGGAGGGGAAAAUGAAGGACGUAGUUGGGGAGGACAAAAAGGUAGAUGUGGCGAAAAUCGAGGGCCUAUGGAACGUCCAAGAGUAGGCAUAGGAAGACGCGAACAAUGUUCGGAAGGAAGAGAGAAUGAGGGACCAUGUUGGGGUAGACGAAAGGGCGCAUGCAGAGUAAAUAAAGGGCCCAAGGAAUGUCCAAGAGAAGGAAGAGGAAGACACGAAGGAUGUUUCGAAGGAGCGAAAAAUGAAGGACCUAUUCGGAGAGGACGAAAGGGCAGAUGUGGCAAAAAUUGUGGUCCUAGGGAACGUCCAAGAGAAAGAGGAGAAAGACGCGAAGGGUUUUUGAUAGGAGGAGAAAAAUAAUGACCAGGUUGAGUAGGAUGAGAUGGCAUAUGAUGUUGAAAUCGAGGGUUUUGGGCAUGAAGUAUGUAUAAGGAAAACACACAUUUUAGCUUACUCGACGGCUAGUCUUUAAUAUGAUUAACAUAUUUGCAUUAAAUUAAAAUGUCUUUCAAUGACCAUCGUUAGAUUUUACCACUUAUAUUAUCAUAUUUAAAUGAAUAAGAAGCACCACAAAUUUAUGUCAAAUUGUUUUAUUCAAUUGGCUGUUUUUAUUUCGAA